AUGAUGACGCUACACAGAUUGGAGAGGACAUGGAUGAGUGGAUGCAGCCAAAGCAGCUUAUCAAGCCAGAUGACCAACUGGAACUGACUGAGGCAGAGUUAAAGGAAGAGUUUACAAGAAUUCUGACUGCUAACAACCCUCAUGCCCCAAGCAACAUUGUGCGAUACAGCUUCAAGGAAAAAUGUUACAAGCCAACAUCCAGUGUGGAUCAGUUGGCAAUUCACUUUGCACUUGAUGGCAAUAUGCUUCAUAAAGAUUCAGAUGAAGCCAGAAGACAGCGAGCAAGGCAGGGAUUGGCAGAAGGUACCUGUGAUUUUCUUCUAAGAUUCAUGUAUUUUGUUGAUAUUCAAAAACUGAAAUGUGAUUGUAAACAUAGUCUCUACAAACGUAUUGAUUGGUAGUCAUAUAAUUUGAAAAUAACUGCAGCAUUAAUGACAGCUAGAGGAAUAUAUUUGUUACCCUGUCAAAUAACC